AUGAUCAUACAAACGUCGAGUCAAAUAUUCAAGAUCUUUGCUUGUAACGCUCUUCGUACGCAAAUCGACAAGAUCAACCACGCGAGUAAUGACUCCCAACACCCACACCUCUUCAACGCAGACACCGAUGCCACCGUUGUGGCCGCUGCGGCACCAGCCACGGACACAUCCGACUUUAAAGGCGCGAACCACCUGCGCAAGAUCUUGAGCACGUUGUGCGACGAGACCUGGGCGUUGUUUAUGCUCUUCGUGAUCGCAGCGUCGACCCAGAGCAUCGCAGGCAUCUAUGUGAUUGUGGCAGCCAGCAUGGUCGCAGUCGACCAUCGCAUCCGCGGCUUCAUCGCGGCGGAGGACGGCGCAGUGCCUCGUGUGUUUCUCGCGCUGUUAUGUGCUCGGAUGGCCUUCGACAUGUCGGCGUACAACGGCGACGCGACGCCUCUGCACACGCUCUUCAAGCGCAUCCCGGACCCCAUCAGCCUCGCCGACAUGGUCUGGAUGGUCAUGGUCAAAGGCGUCAUGCUACGACUAGUCAGCCUGAGCAUCGAGGUCUUUGCGGGGCUCCUUCGAGAGUGGCAGUCCAUGGUCACAAAGCGAGUCGUCCGCAUGUUCAUGCGUUUCAAAGGCAUCCCUUCACCCCCAGGUAAGUCGCCCCUUCAACCCCGUCGUCACCUCUUGUCCACGGUAGACACACCAGCGCCGCAACUCACCGCUGCAAGGCGGGUGCGCGCGUUCGUGGGAAUGCGUCGGCAAGUCGACCCCCACUUUGCUUCGAUUCUGGGUGUGACCAGUGACCAGUUGCCGCCGUCCUUGGCCGAGUUUCUCUCCAACAUCCCGACCCCCACAUCGUUAUCGCAGUCCUCGGCGGCGGACGCGCUGCUGUCGUCCCACAGUGACGCCACCCUUCCACCGACUGCAAGCGGCGGCGUACACACGGACGUCCUGUCCGAGGUGCAACAAGAAGAAGAAGACCCGAACGCGUCUGCCAUCCAAGCCCUCAGCGGCACCACCCAAGUAUUAUCGGCGCAGGACGGUCACAUUCAACAACCCGAUCAAGGGCUAUCUGAUCUAGAGCCACCGACAGCCGAGAACCCUCCUGAGGCGUCAGGGCUGCCAGACUCUGCGAUGCACGACACGUUUCCUCAAGUGGUCGCGCAAUUGGUGGGCGAUGCCAUCUCGGCAGUGCCCGAACAGGGAUGCGCGGCACGCCAGCCGCCGCCGAGACUGCGCAGCCGCGUGCCCAGUUCACAGUACACGACCGGUCGGGGAUUCUGGGGCGCCGCGCUGAACCCGUCGUGCUGGCCACACAUGUUCCCCCCGACGACGACCCCACCCAACCUAGAGUAAUCAUAUUUAUAAUAUACACUUCUUCACAUGCGUCGCUCUUUUCUAAGGCACUUCGUCAAGUCAGUGUGUUU